UGUAGUGUUUUUCUGUAGGGUUCAGUUGGAGGGGACGAGUGCUUGGUCGACAUUUUAGCGCUGCAUCAUCAGGACUGACGUGGGGACUACGUGGCUCGAGCCAUCCACUCCUACCAUAAUUAGUGACGAGUCUGACUACGUAAUUUAUAACUUUGUCCGAUGACCAUGGACACAGAGGUUGUGUCGUCAAAGCAGGAGGGACGUUUUGAUGACUCUCUGUCUGAUGAGGAUCCAAGUCAGAGUGAAUCCAACUCACCCACUGCAGUAAUCACUCAGGUUUCAGGAGACUCCGCUGGCAUGACAGUGGUGCAGUUACCUAGUGGGCAGACACUUCAUGUUCAGGGUGUCAUCCAGGCUCCUCAGGCCUCUGUCAUCCAGUCACCACAGAUGCAGAAUGUACAGAUAACCUCCAUAGCUGGGCUUGAAGAUGGGGAGUCAACAGCCACAGACACACAGAAAAGAAGAGAGAUUCUCUCAAGACGCCCAUCUUAUCGAAAAAUCCUCAAUGAACUAUCAUCAGAUUCCUCCUCAAUUCCGAGAAUCGAGGAAGAGAAACCCGAAGAUGAGGUUCCAUCCUCCAGUGUGCCUGCAGUUCAAGUGCCAACUUCAAUCUAUCAGACCAGCAGCGGCCAAUACAUUGCCAUCACCCAGGGGGGAGCCAUCCAGAUAACCAGCCCAGGCAGUGAGGGUCUGCAGGGCGUACAGACUCUGGCCAUGUCCAACUCUGGUACACCCCAGAUCCUGCAGUAUGCAACCCAGGCAGGGGACUCAGGACAGCAGUUCUUCUCUGUACAAGGUGGCCAGGUGGUGAUACAAGCUGCCACUGGAGAUAUGCCGGCAUACCAGCUCCGUUCGCCCACCUCGUCGGGCCUGCCCCAGGGUCUGGUGAUGGCUGCGUCCCCAGGCUCCCUGUCCAUGCACAAUCCCCCGGUGCACACUGAGGAGGUAACACGCAAAAGGGAGGUCCGCCUCAUGAAGAACAGAGCUGGGAUUUCUCCCGCUGUCUCUUUUACUCUGUCUUCUCUAGGGAGGCUGCAAGGGAGUGCCGCAAGAAAAAGAAAGAGUAUGUCAAGUGUCUGGAGAACCGUGUGGCCGUGCUGGAAAACCAAAACAAGACCCUCAUUGAGGAACUCAAAGCGCUAAAGGAUAUUUACUGCCACAAGAAUGAGUAGCUGAGUAGCUGCUCUCAGCCUUGUGCCAGGAGAGAGAGAGAGAUCCUACUGAGAAUGCACAGAGUGGAGUUUACAGAUUGACUGCUGUAAAAAAAAGACUCUGGGACGAAAACUACUUUCACUGUCUUUGUUUCUCGUUUACUCCGCUUGUUUGGGCCCAGUCAAUUUGAUGCUGCACCGGAGGUUGUUAGGUGGCCGUAGGCUUGUGCUCUCCGGGCUGAAGUCAAGUCCUGCUCCGGACAGGACCCCUGUCUGUCCUUGCGCUUGUAUGUGAAUACACAAGUGACGCCCAGCCGCGUUUGCUUCUGCUGUUUGCAGGGAGGUAGCCAAUGAGAUGCUAGCCUGCAGAGGAAGAGGAAGUAGAUAUGCUUCCUGAAGGCACACCGCUCACCACCACUGGCUCACCGCAUUUGAAAAGCAGAAGCUGCGAAAGAGCCUCACUAUCAGCCAGCAAGUUCACAUUAAGUGCACGCAGACUCACCAGCAAGUCAACCUACCACAGCCGGACUGUUUGUGCUGUCAUGCCAACUCCUUGUUACUUUUUUAUCACAUUUGGCUUGACAAUGAAAGCAUUUGAGUUGGCAAGAGUACAACCAGAUCUGGGACCAGGCUAAACCUAUAUAUCUUUACUUGUCACUGCUAGCUACAGUUGUUCUCCUUAUAUUACUGUACUUCUCUGCUCACCUUGGCUGUUGUCAACAUACCUUUGUUAAAUCAGGUGGACCUCUUCUUUCAGGACAGUGUGAUGAGUAAAUACACUUUCCGAAAUUAUUUUAGUUUUGAAAUUCUAUAUUUGUCCUUUUGACUGUCAAUCGGGGUUGUCUAAUGACUUCACGUGUUACCUGAAUCAAUGUGUAAAACCCAGUGUCGAGGAUGUGAGUAUACGCCUUUCACUUGGUCUCUUCAAACAACACAGUUCAAUUUAAAAUGUCAAAUUAACAUGGCGUGGCCCUCGGAUUAGUGUAUCUAAAAUAAUUAUAUAUUUCUAGCCAUUGGAGGAAUCUUAUCUCACCAAGACCAUCUUGAAAUGACUACUGCUUUACCACACAAAAUUGCUACAUUUGAUGUUCACUGAAUCUCUCACCAGUCAUUGUCCCCUUUGUCUGUCUGUCUCGGAACAGUACUGUGCUGUGCCAGUGUACUGUACAAAAGAAGCACUGAAAGUGCUGAUAAGCUGACGUUUGGGUAUUUUGAUACUCAUUAUAAGCGUUUUAUGUGAAUUAGUUGAUCAUAACAUAUAAGAUAUGGCCCAAAUGGCCCACUAUUUUCUUUAUAGUGCACUACUUUUGACCUGAGUUCUAUGGGCCCAGGUCAAAAUUAGUGCACUAAAUAGGUAAUAGUGUGCCAGUUGGCAUGUAAAAAUAGAGUUCAUGACUGCUCUGUUUGAAAGGUAUGUCCAUGAGAGCACAGACCUGACUAUGAAGAUGAUGAUGAUAAUGAUGUAGCUUUGUUAUUCUUUCCUCAUACCAGUUCUGCUUGCAGUGAUUUUGCAGCCUCCCGCUUGCUUUGAAUUUCCUGAUAACCUUUCUGUUUACAUGUAUAUGUCCUUUGUAUGUUUGUUGUCAGGCCAGUAGUUAUACAAUUCAGGUGAGAUGUAAAAUAAAUUUGAUCUCAGUAAAUGUUUUGGAUAGAAUUGAAAAGUAUGUCAAACAGGUUAGCUCUUAAAACCAGAUGUUCACCUCAUGUGUAUUGAUCCCUCUUAUGUUUGAAUAUUGUCAAAAUAUACUAUUUCUAAUAAAAUGUCCAUACCACAGUAUGAAUUACACUGAAA